AUGAUUUGGGGCAAAAAAAUAUGUGUGAUGUUACUGUUAUAUCUACUGACACCUAAACAGAGUAAGAGCUCAAAAUCUUUAAAAAACGAUUUUUUGUUUAAAAAUUUAGCAAUAGAUAAAAAAAAAUUAGACUCGUCUUAUUUUUAUAAUUACGAUAAUUUACAAUGGGAAGGGAAAAUAAUAGCUAUAGGAGAUAUUCAUGGAGAUAUGGAAAGCUUAAAAUUAAUUUUAAGACAUUCUAAUUUAAUAAAUAAAAAGGAUGAAUGGGUUGGUGAGAAUAUUUUACUAAUACAAGUUGGAGAUAUAUUAGAUAGAGGUAUAUAUGGUCCACUCAUAUAUAAUUAUUUAUUUAAAUUACAAAAAGAGGCAAUUAAUAAACAGAGUAGAAUAAUUUUAAUAUUAGGUAACCAUGAAGAGUUAAAUUUAUGCGGUUAUUUUAAUUAUGUAAAUAAAAAAGAAGUAGAAUUAUUUUUUCAAAAUAAUUAUCAUUAUAGAUAUAAAAGUUUUACAAAUAAAAAUGGAGAAUUUUUUCAAAAAUUAAUUAAGCUUCCAGCCAUAAUUAAAGUAAACGAUAUUAUAUUUACGCACGGUGGAAUUAGUAAAAAUAUAUCUCAAUUAAACAUAAACACAAUAAGUCUAAAAACAAGAUUACAAAUAGAAAAUAAAUGUAAUUUAUUAAAAUAUGAUAAAUCAAAUAAUUAUUUAAAUCAGGAUGGGGUAUUAUGGAAUGAUAAUAUUUCACGCAAAGUAUGGAUUAAUCAAAAGGAAGCUUGUUCAGAUUUAUUAGACAUUCUGAAAAGAUAUAAUGCCAAGUAUUUGGUUGUAGGGCAUACUAAGCAAAUGUCGCAUUAUGUCAGUACAUUCUGUAAUCAUAAAUUUUUUCUUAUUGAUACAUGUAUGAGUUUAUUUAUGAAUAAUGGUCAACAUUACCCAAAUUAUCUACUUAUAGAAAAUGGUAAAUUCAAAUCUGUUCAUUUAAUUGUAGAAGAGGAAAUUAAAAAAAAAAAAUGUGAAUUAACCAAAAUUCAUUUAUAUACACCUCAUAAUAAAACAUUUUGUGUGCAGGCAAAACAGAUCGAAUUUUUGCCAAUUCAUAAACAAUUCUGA